AUGGCCACAAAUAUUGCAACUGUGCUAAAUGAGUGUGUGAAAGAGUUCACAGAAUUGACUAGCUCAGGUGCUCUUACGCAAUACGACAAUGAAGUCUCCAAACAUCGCUGGUUGGAUGAGUUCGGACGACUUCGGAUAUGGGCGGGAAAUAUUGGGGCUCAUCAGACUGGCCAAUCUUCGCUGGAUUAUCGACUUCGAGAUGCUUCCCACUUGAAGAACGAAACGGUCAAACUAUUGCAGCGAUUGCUAAGGGUACUUCGAGACCUGGCCGAUGUCAUGAAAGAUGAAGACCCGGUUGAAGAUGAAGACUAUGAUGAGACUUUCUUCGAGGUCAGCGACGGAGAGCUUGAGGACGACAAUGAUAUGACAGACAUUCAGAUGCUUUUUCAAAGCUUGAGAAACACUAUCAACCUCCUGUUCCAAAUAUCAAUGGCCAUUCGCCGACCCGCUGACCACGAUCGUCUUCUCGGCGUGAAAAUCAAAGAUGAAUCAUAUUUCGAACCAUGGGCGCAGCAACACAUUUCCCACAAAUUUCCGAAUGCUAUGGUUUCUAUAAUUCCUCGCCUCGGCGCUGCAAUGGCGAGGCAAAAAGGAGUUUUGAAAUAUUUUGAGAGACAUCGAGCAAAGCUUGGUCAGGGCUUAUCUGGUAAUGGGGAUCAGCUAUCAGAAACAGUGGCUACGGAGAUGGUAUCGGCGGGCCACCUCCAAUUUCUCGAAACAAACUCCACCUCCGGCAUUUCUCAGACUUCCUAUGCCCCCAGCAUAUUCACGUCGAAUGAAUCUCUCUCCGUUCCGAAUCCACCAAAGGAAUCUGCCGAUGAAAACCCGUUCGAGUGUCCAUAUUGUUACCUUGUCAUCAAAAUCAAAGGCAAAAAAGACUGGGCUCGUCAUGUCUUUCGGGACCUAACGCCAUAUGUCUGCAUAUCGACAAAGUGCAGUACUCCAUCGAAGCUAUAUGAAAGUCGUCGACAGUGGUAUGAUCAUAUGUGUCAGUCUCACUCUAUAUUGGCCGAUUUGCAGAGUGGCUCCAACUGUCCUCUGUGCCAAGUUCAAAUCUGUCCGCCACUGACUUUUGAUCGACAUGUUGGACAUCAUAUGGAACAACUGGCGUUGUUUGUUCUUCCGCGCACGACUCCAACCGAAGAAGCUAUUCCUGGAACGGCAUCCAAUGCUGCAUCUUUGGCAGAUGUCGGAGAUGAAAGCAUACUUGGCACUGAUCCAGCUAAGGAACAUCCUCAAAUUAUGGAUGAGACCAAUUUUGAUGAGGAGCAUUCUUACCUAGAAAAUUUGUCAUUGGAAAGAAACCACGUGCCACCUGUUGUCAAGGCCCCGGAGUCUUCAACCUCGUCCUUUAGAAAAAUCGAGGAAACUCCGGGUGGCUCCAGUCCCUUUUCUUAUACAACCGCGAAGGAACACUAUGAUCGUGACCAUCCAAUAUCUCCUCGGGGCGGGAUUGGGAAAUCUAAGCUAGAAGGUUCGGGUUUCAGUCCUAAUUCCGAAGGUCAAGCAGACGAGGAUGUUCCUCGGAAGAGCAGAGAGAGGACCGAGAAAGGGAACAGCCACUCAUUUCUCCUUGAUGGCGACGUGGGGGACCUGAAAAAUACCAUUGCCCCAGCUGGUCCCGAAACUUGGAUGACGGAUGCAGAGCACUUUAAUGUCACAUCUAGUGCAAACCAGAAUGAUUGGAUGUCUGGGUAUGCCUAUGCCCCCGACACCUGGCAGGUUGAUGAGGCUACUAGGACUAUAUCUCAUUCGAACAAUCCUAUCAACGAUUUGGAAGGCGAAUCGUCAUCUCAUGACGGUAAGAAAAAAGCCGAGUAA